AUGUAUACUGGUCCACCAACACUGGCGCCGGGCGGUGGAGCGGAGGUCUUGGCUCCAGGGAUGCUCACUGAAGGCUCAUGGAUGGAGAACAAUGGGUUCAGCAGCGUAGCGCUGUCUUCGUAUGCUAAGACUGUCGAAGAAAUGCAGCGGGAGUCGCAUUCGGCGCCAUUUGACUUUCCGUCGUCGUCUGCGACCUCGCCAGCAUCAAUGCCCAGUCCCCCAGCCCCAUUACUGCAGCCGACGCCUAUAGCCCUGACCAUGCCUAUUUCGCCUGCAACGUUCACCUCCGUUCCAAGUGCACCUUCAGCCCUUGGUCUUCCUGUUUACUCUACCUCGGGUUUCGAUAUUCUCUCUGUACUCGCCCGCGUUGCUACUCGGCCAAACCCCACCGUCACCCUAGGGCCAGUUGAUCUUACAUCAUCUUUCGUUGUUGUUGACGUCCGGCGGCACGACCACCCUAUCGUAUACUGCUCUCCAACAUUUUGCCAGUUGACAGGUUACCCGGAGCGGGAGAUUCUAGGGAGGAAUUGCCGUUUUCUGCAAAGCCCUGACGGUCGGGUUAGAAGGGGCGAACAACGACAGUAUACGAGCAACGAAGCCGUUGCUCAUCUUAAGAAGAGCCUCAGCGCAGAUAAAGAGUGUCAAACAUCUAUCGUCAACUACCGCAAGGGCGGAGGAGCGUUUAUAAACCUUGUGACCGUCAUUCCCAUCCGCGGGGGUUUCAGCGAUACGCGCGGCGGCGAGGAAGACGAGGUCAUCUACCACGUAGGCUUCCAGGUAGAUCUUACGGAGCAGCCGAACGCUAUUUUGGAGAAGCUCAAAGACGGAUCUUACAUCGUCAAUUAUCCCCCUCAGACCAUGCUGCAUCCCCUCGGUGACCUCCAAACUCUAUGUAUGGGAUCAACUAAGAAGAACUUCAUACCACCACUAGUGAUGUCCUCACACCUCAAGGCCAUCCUUCAAGCGUCGUCUGACUCUAAUAAUGAGAAGACAGAAGAUGGAAAUUUAAACCACCCCCUUUCCCUUUCCCUUCUUUCGCACCUACCUGACUUCUUUCUCGUCGUUUCGUUGAAGGGGGCAUUCCUUUAUGUGGCUCCUGCAGUGCAGCAUGUACUCGGGUAUACUGCGGACGAGUUGGUAGGAAAAGCUCUUGGAGACAUAUGCCAUGCCGCAGAUGUUGUCCCGCUGAUGAGAGAACUGAAGGAGAGCUCGACAUGGUCCACACCACCGCAUAGUCAGGGCGACUCGGGCAAGCCUGCUGAUUCAGAUGGGAAACCCAAGACAGUCGAUUUACUCUUUCGUGCACAAACUAAAGCUGGUGUACAUGUCUGGAUGGAAUGUCGCGGAAGACUGCAUGUCGAGCCAGGGAAGGGGCGAAAGGCGAUUGUGCUUUGCGCGAGGUCCAGAGCAAUGACGUCGUUAUCUAUAUCCUCGGCUUCACCUCUAGAUGGUCUGUGGGGCACGAUAAACAGAGAUGGUGUCGUUCUUAUGGUUGGCAGUGGUCAUUUGCGAAGCCAGAGGAUCACAUUACGAGACGAAUGGGGUUGGUCAGAAGCUGAGCUCGUUGGGAAACCUCUAGCUGCUGUCUUGGAAGGCGUCGACAACCUGUUCUAUCGUGGUGGAGGCAGAGGUAGAGGCAGAGCCCGGACCAAGGGUGGCGGGAAUAUUGACGUGGAAUUCUCUCUCUACGAUACUGGCAGCUCACCCAGUGUUGGAGUAGGCGAACCGCCCUUAGUAUACCAGAUCAUACCUCUGCCUUCAACUGCAAUCGCCACAGAUUACGGAACCGCUUAUGCUAGUGCUGUUCUGGCACUCUUUUCUGACCUUGACACCUCCCGCGCUUCGAGCUGGCAAUACGAGUUGCAACAAUUGCGAUUCGCAAACCAGCGGUUGGCAGAGGAGAUUCGCGUGCUGGAGGACGAGCGAGGUACGAAUAUGGCCUCACCAACGAGUUCCUUCACGCCGAACUCUGGCUCAUCCCCUUAUCCGGCGACUGGGGGGUCGUUUAGCAGCUCGUUUGCGCAGUAUGCGAAUGCUAGUGGCUAUACGGCCACAAGUCAGCCUAUAAACUCGGAAGGAUUAUAUUCGCCUAGUGGGUACAUUCCGGUCAACGCUGGAUAUUCGAAUUUCCAAUGGCCAACGGCCAUGUAUUCUGGUGUAAAGCGCUCGUGGGACCACCCAGCUUAA